GCCAGGCGUCCUCAUAGGAGUGACAUCGUCUUUAAACCCCGCGUGGCAAUCCCUGACGCACCGCCGUGAUGCCCAGGGAAGACAGGGCAACCUGGAAGUCCAACUACUUCCUCAAGAUCAUCCAACUUUUGGAUGACUACCCAAAAUGCUUCAUUGUGGACGCAGACAAUGUGGGCUCCAAGCAGAUGCAGCAGAUCCGCAUGUCCCUCCGAGGGAAGGCCGUGGUGCUGAUGGGCAAAAACACCAUGAUGCGCAAGGCCAUCAGGGGCCACCUGGAGAAUAACCCAGCUCUGGAGAAACUGCUGCCUCACAUCCGGGGGAAUGUGGGUUUCGUGUUNACCAAGGAGGACCUCACUGAGAUUCGGGAUAUGCUGCUGGCCAAUAAGGUUCCAGCUGCUGCUCGCGCUGGUGCCAUUGCCCCGUGUGAGGUCACUGUCCCAGCUCAGAACACUGGUCUGGGGCCCGAGAAGACCUCCUUCUUCCAGGCUUUGGGCAUCACCACCAAAAUCUCCAGAGGCACCAUUGAAAUUCUGAGUGAUGUGCAGCUGAUAAAGACUGGAGACAAGGUGGGAGCCAGCGAGGCCACACUGCUGAACAUGCUGAACAUCUCCCCCUUCUCCUUCGGGCUGAUCAUCCAGCAGGUGUUUGACAAUGGCAGCAUUUAUAACCCAGAAGUGCUGGACAUCANAGAGCAGGCCCUGCACUCCCGCUUCCUGGAGGGUGUCCGCAAUGUGGCCAGCGUGUGUCUGCAGAUNGGNUACCCGACUGUAGCCUCCGUGCCGCACUCCAUCAUCAAUGGGUACAAGCGUGUCCUGGCUUUGUCUGUGGAGACUGAGUACACCUUCCCACUUGCUGAAAAGGUCAAGGCCUUCCUGGCUGAUCCAUCUGCAUUUGCGGCUGCUGCCCCUGCAGCUGCUGCCACCACUGCUGCCCCUGCGGCUGCUGCAGCCCCUGCCAAGGCUGAAGCAAAGGAAGAGUCGGAGGAAUCAGAUGAGGAUAUGGGAUUCGGUCUCUUCGACUAAUCCCCUCAACGCAACCAAGUCAGCCUGCUUAAUUUGAGAAAGAUGGAAAUAAAGGCUUACUUCU